AUGGUUCAGCGACGCCCCGGAAAACCCCCCAUGGUCAUAACGGCCAGAGUGGGAACCAGCCUCGUCAAACGGAUCCUUGUCGAUACAGGAGCUGAUUCAAAUAUCAUGUUCCGCAACGUUUUCGACGCACUAGGGCUAAAGGAUGCCGACCUGAUGACUCACCAGCACGGGGUUAUCGGGCUAGGCGACCACUUCAUCAAACCGGACGGAGUCAUUUCCCUACCAAUCUCGGUCGGGCAGAUCCAAGGUCGAAGAUCGGCGAUGGCUGAGUUCGUAAUUCUCCGAGAUUCCACAGCCUACAACAUCAUCUUGGGAAGAAAAACGAUCAAUGAUUUUGAAGCCAUAAUCAACACCAAGCUACUAGUUAUGAAGUUCGUCACCGAUGAUGGAUCCAUAGGGACCGUAAGAGGAGACCUCGAGACGGCGGUUGCUUGUGACAACGCCAGCCUUUCCCUUAGGAAGAAGUCCAAGGAAGCAUCCGGCGUGUUCCUAGCCGACCUUGAUGCCAGAGUUGAGGACAAGCCGAGGCCAGAACCAGAAGGGGACCUCGAAAAGUUUAGAAUCGGUGACGAAGAGGAAAAGUUUACAUUCGUUAACAAGAACCUCCCACGUGAGCUGAAGGAGCCUUUGAUUGAAAUGAUAAGGGCCAACAGGGACUUGUUCGCCUGGACACCAGCCGACAUGCCAGGCAUAGAUCCAAGAAUCAUCUCACAUCACCUAGCCGUCAAAGCGGAAGCGCGCCCAGUGGCUCAACGAAGAAGAAAGAUGUCGGCAGAAAGAGCAGAGGAGGUAGCCAAGCAAACGGCCGGCCUCCUAGAAGCAGGCUUCAUACGUGAAGUGGACUACUCGACAUGGCUCUCGAAUGUGGUAUUGAUACCGAUGCACCGUCCCGACGAAGACAAGACGGCGUUUAUAACGCCAGGAGGGACUUUUUGCUAUAAGGUGAUGCCGUUCGGCUUGAAAAAUGCGGGGGCAACAUAUCAAAGGCUGAUGAACAGAAUAUUCCACGACCUCAUAGGGAAAACGGUUGAAGUUUACGUGGACGACAUCCUCGCAAAAACAACACGACCUGACGACCUCCUGAAAGAUCUGGCAAGUGUAUUUGCGUCUCUCCGUCAACACGAAGCUAACCCGGAGAAAUGCCAGGCAAUACUCCAGAUGAAGAGCCCGGGUUGCAUCAAGGACGUCCAGAGGUUGGCAGGACGGUUAACCUCACUAUCUCGGUUCCUCGGGGCUUCGGCGACAAAGGCCCUGCCAUUUUUCAACCUCAUGAAGAAAGGGAUGGCGUUUGAGUGGACACCCGCAUGUGAAGAAGCCUUUCAACACUUCAAGGAAAUCCUGGCGGCACCUCCCGUUCUCGGGAAGCCAAAGGACGGGGAACCACUAUACCUAUACCUCGCUAUAACAAGCGAAGCCCUGGCCGCAGUUCUGGUACGGGAAGACGGGAAAGCUCAACAGCCAGUCUAUUUCAUAAGCAGGGCCCUGCAGGGGGCAGAAUUAAGAUAUAGCAAGUUGGAAAAGCUAGCCUUGGCACUCCUAACUUCCUCGAGAAGGUUAAAACAAUACUUCCAAAGUCACCAAGUUGUCGUCAGGACGGACCAAGGGAUCCGGCAAGUUCUCCAAAAACCUGAUCUGGCGGGAAGAAUGAUGACUUGGUCCAUCGAACUCUCCCAAUAUGAUAUACGGUACGAGCCCCGGCAAGCCAUCAAGGCGCAAGCCAUGGCGGAUUUUUUAGUUGAAGUAACGGGAGACCCAGGCGAAGACAUGGGAACACGGUGGAAGCUCCAUGUGGACGGAGCCUCCAACCAGACCUUCGGAGGUGCCGGGAUCAUCCUGGAAAGCCCGAUUGGGGUCGUAUACGAGCAGUCGAUUAGAUUCGAGUUUCCCAUCUCGAACAACCAAGCGGAAUACGAAGCCCUCAUUGGAGGCUUAGCCCUAGCGGCAGAGGUCGGCGCGAGAAGGCUGGAUAUAUGCAGCGAUUCCCAAGUCGUCACCUCCCAAGUAAACGGUAGCUACCAUGCCAAAGACCCCUUGCUACAAAAGUACUUGGAAAAGGUUAAAAGCUUGAGUCAAAAGUUCGAAGAGAUCACGGUCCAUCACGUACCCAGAGAAAGAAACACACGGGCAGACCUCCUGUCAAAGCUAGCCAGCACAAAGCCAGGGGAGAGCAACCGAUCUCUCAUCCAAGGCAUGACAAGAGAACCAGCAGUCACACUGCACGUAACGAGCCUAGGUCCUUCAUGGCUAGACCCCAUCAUCAACUUCCUAGAACACGGCCAAGUCCCUGGUGAUAAGAAGGAUGCGGCGAAGUUAAGGAGAGAAGCGGCCAAAUACGCCGUCAUCCAAGGACAGCUAUUCAAGAAAGGGCUCAGCCAACCCCUACUGAAGUGCCUACGCCCCGACCAGACGGACUACGUCCUCACGGAAGUCCAUGAGGGAUGCUGCGGGCACCACAUCGGAGGCAAAGCCCUAGCAAGGAAAUUAAUCCGAGCUGGAUACUACUGGCCGUCGAUGAUGGCAGAUUCCAAAGAAUUUGUCAAAAGGAAAUUCAUGUGGAGGCAGGUAAUAACACGAUUCGAGAUACCGGAAGUCGUCAUCUCUGACAACGGUACACAGUUUACUGACAAAAAGUUCACAGAAUUUCUCAGCGGCCUGGGUAUAAGGCAAAGGUUCUCUUCGGUAGAACACCCCCAGACGAACGGGCAAGUAGAGUCCGCCAACAAAGUUAUCCUCUCAGGGCUAAAGAAGAGGUUGGACAACAAAAAGGGUGCUUGGGCCGACGAGCUAGCAUCGGUCCUCUGGUCUUACCGAACAACCGAGCAAUCCUCCACCAAGGAAACCCCUUUCCGACUAACAUACGGGGUGGAUGCAGUAAUACCCGUAGAGAUCGGUGAACCGAGUCCGCGGUUGCUUUUGAAAGGAGUAGAGGAAACCGUGGAAAAGGACUUGAUAGAUGAAGCCCGGGCAAUGGCCCAUGUGACAGAAACGGCACUGAAGCAAAGAAUGGCUCUGCGCUACAACACCAAAGUGCUCAAAAGGGAGUUCGAGCCAAACGACCUCGUCUUAAGGCGAAAUGAUAUCGGCCUGCCGACCCCUGGAGAGGGCAAGCUAGCGGUAAACUGGGAAGGCCCCUACAGAGUCAAAAAGGUGAUGGGAAAAGGGGCCUUUAAGUUAGAAAAACUUGAUGGCAAGGAGGUCCCGAGGACAUGGAACGCGGACAACCUUAGAAGAUUCUACUCCUAG